CACCCAAGGUCUGCGAUGCCUGCAAAAACAAAAACGAAGACGAUAAUGACAUCGUGGAAAACCUCUGCAAAAAUGACUUUGCCUUGAAGAUAAAAGUGAAGGAGAUUGCCUACAUCAAUGGGGAUACCAAGAUCACCCCUGAAACAAAGAGCAAAACCAUCUACAAGCUGAAUGGGCUGACGGAAAGGGAUCUGAGGAAGAUUGUGCUCUGGCUCAAAGGUGGCCUCCAAUGUACCUGCGAUGAGAUGAACGACAUCAACGUCCCCUACUUGGUGAUGGGGCAAAAGCAAGCUGGGGAACUGGUGAUCACCUCGCUGAAGCGGUGGCAGAAAGGGCAACGGGCUUUCAAGCGGUUCUCCCGCAGCAUCCGCAAACUGCAGUGUUAGUGGCUUCGGCUCCGGCCGCCUCCAGCAGCCGCCUCUGUCCCGAGCUUUCCGGGCCUCCCGCACCUUCUUGCUUCAACCCCUCUAAGCCUCGAGAUGCUGCAGGCAUGAGACAUGGUGACCGCUCUCUGAGAGGGGAGGGAGCCCUCCGGUUUUGUACAUAGGUUAAAAUGUAAUAAAAAAAAAAUCAUUACUAUUUUUGGGAAGUAUUAAAGUAUCUCGCUUAAAGCCUUUUUUUUUUUAUGGUUGCAAAUGUGACUUUGGUCUGAGGUUUUUCCCUCUUCGUUUUGGUAAUGCUGGUUCAUUUAUAUUGCUGCUUCUCUGUAUAAUACCAUGCAUGCUUGUUGUGCAAAAGUAGGAGAUGCAGAGAAAGACAGCCACGUGUGCGACUGGCCUGUCACAGUGGGUAUGACUUUCGCCGAGGUGAAAUGGCUUGCCGUCUAUAUUAACACUAUAAAGGUCAUGAUACGACUCUUGCAUGUGAUACAUAGGCACCAGUAAGAGUGUGUUAACCAUUCUCACAUUUUAUUUUCCACAAGUCCAAGCCCUUCUCUCAGAUAAAAACAAACAGGCUUUGGAGCUGGUUGGUCUGAAUGCAACUUUUUAGUUAUUAUUGUUUUGCAAAUUAAACCAUCUGUAGCCUAACUGUAAUAUACCUAGUGGUUAACCUGAAAGAGUUGUAAAAUAUUGCUUUAAUUAACCUUGUAAAUAAUCCAGAUAAAUGUUAUAUUCUUGUAUAUAAACUUUACAUCAUAGUUUA